GAUAAAAAAAAGGUAAAAUCCGGAGAAAAAAGAGGGACGGAGAGCGGCGGCGCCCUAGCGAUCUCGAUGCGCGACGACCGGGCUCCAAUCGAGAGCGGCGGCGUGCAAUUGAUCGCAUCGUCAGCGGCUCAGCCUCCGCGCCGGAGCAGAGUAGCCUUGCGCGCAGACGGGCCUCCGCACCAGAGCAAAGUACACAUGUCUGUCAGCGGGGUUCCAAACAAAGAGAAGAAGAGGACGAAGAGCCGCAGCACAGAAGCGGCCGCAUCGUCCAUGGAUCCGCCAUUGCACCAGAGCAGAGCACCCAUGUCUGUCAGCGGGGUUUCAGUGGAAGAGAAGAGGAGGACAACGGGCUCGAUGCCUAAGCCUCCACGCCGGAGCAAAGUAGCCUUGACUGCCAAUGGCCGUCCUGUGGAUGGUGUACGACGUGCCGACGUCAUUGAAUACUACAAGCAUAGCGGUGGAUCCAUCUACAGACAAACUGAUUUUUUGUCCAAACUUUAUCGUCUCCAUGAUACCAACGAGACUGAGCUGGAGCCAAUGAUGAGGUCGGAGCCAUCAGACGGUUGCUCGCUGAACUGGAGGCCCUGUGAAAGACAUGCCGAUUGCACCAUGAUGCAGAUAUUUUCACUGAAGCUGGCGUAUCCUCCUGCUGGAGACCAAGUUAAGGUGUAUGGAUUCAUGGCUGUCCGGGAUACUCGGGACCAUCUGCGUAACUACAUCUUCAACCGCACCAGAGAUGACCCUUUCAUUGUGGAACAAGAGGACGGAUUUAUACAGUUGUCCGGACCCAAGAGAGGCAUCUGGUGGUAUGACAAGCAGCUGGUUGAUUCGACAUGAGGAUCAAGAGAGGGGAAAAUGAAGCGGAUGAUCUGCAGCUCAUCGACGGCGCCGUCUGGUUCUAUGACGGUUGCUCGCCGCAAGCUAGAGUGCUCACGCAACGCAUCGACGGUGACUAUGGCUCGGUGGACAUAAGCUAUGCGCUCCUGCAAAUGGCGAUGGAGGCCACGGUGCAGAUUGCUGUGUCGGAGCUGGACAGAGACAUAGGCCUGCUUGUAAGGGCGUUUUACGUCAGUGAUCUCUUGCACCAGGGGAUGCAACUGUUCGAUGGUGUUAUCCCUGCUGAUGCUGCUGGUGGUGGUGCGGACAGUUAUGAGUUAGAUAAGUAUGUGGUUGCUGCUUCCCGGCACACCAAGUUGGCUCUGCAAAUGAGGAUCUGUUCUUUGCAUGAUGAUGAUGAUGUUUGGAGAUAUUGUCUCCGCCCAGCCAGUGCGCAUGGAUCUGACGACUUCAGUUUCGCGCUCAGUUUCGCGACCAUUGAUGUGAAGAUCUCUUGGUCGACAUUGGACUAGAUCACAUCUCCUAUCUCCGGUCGACAAGUGACAUAUAUGAGAUGGUGAAACUGCAGUCGAGCUUGGUACAAGUAAAUAGCAAUUUUACUUUGGUAGAUGUACUGCCGGCUUGUUUAUGUCAGAUUAUCCGCCCUGACGCUGAAAUUAUGCUUGUGUAUCUGGAAUAACACAUUGUCUCCUUGUAAAUACUU